CCAGCUCCCCUUGGCAGCCUUCGAGGCCUGGAGCUGGGAGGGGGGCGCCUGGUUCUCAUCACCCGCGCGGCGUUCGGGGCGGGGGACGAGGCGCCGGCGCACACAAGGCCGCUGUCGCGCCACCCGGCCCACGCGGGGAGCAGCGCGCAGACACGGGCGGGGCCUCACGGGCGGGGCCUCGGGUAGCCCCCGCCCCGCCCCGCCCCUGCGGCCGCCCCUAGUUGGUGGCCGGGCCGCGCCGCCGCGUCUCUGCCUUGUCUCUCACUGUCUCAGUUUCACCCGUCUCUCGGGCACCUCCUCCCCCUGUUUGUCUGUCUCUCCAGCCUCCCCUCGGAGAUGAGGCUGGGGUCGCCGCUCCAGGCCAGCCCGCUUCAGUGCUAAGCUGGGAAGGGGCUGCACGGGACAGACGGACCCGCAGAAGAACUGACCCGACGCCCAGAGAGGACCUGCCGCUGCGGCUUGUAGCCCGUAACCAUGGACCCCGCGUCCCUGGACACAGCCAUUCAGAAUGCCCUGGCAGGCCUCUACCCGCCUUUCGAGGCCACAGCGCCCACUGUCCUGGGGCAGGUGUUCCGUCUCCUGGACUCUGACUUCCAGGGGGAUGGGCUGAGCUUCCUCCUGGAUUUCCUGAUCCCGGCCAAGCGCCUGUGCGAGCAAGUGCGCGAAGCAGCCUGCGCCCCCUACUCGCACUGCCUCUUCCUGCACCAGGGCUGGCCGCUGUGCCUGCAGGACAAGGUCGUGGUCCACCUGGCCCCCCUCAACCCCCUCUUGCUGCGCCAGGGCGACUUCUACCUUCAGGUUGAGCCCCAGGAGGAGCAGUCCGUCUGCAUCAGGGUCAAGUGCCUCACCUUGGACCUGCGCACAGUGGACACGAAGCCUGUCCCCGUGUCAUCCUACCCGACACUUUUCACCCAAGAGUGGCUGGAGGCCUUCAACAGUGACUUUGAGGGAAGUCCUCUCCACAACUGCCUGGUAGCUUCAGAGCAAGGGAUCAGCCCUCUGCCCUGGGCCAAGAUAACCAGCCCAGAGUUUGUGGAUGACAAACCCCAAGCAGCGACUGUCCUCUCCCCGGCCUGGGGGUCCCUUCAAUUGGAGGCACUCGAUUUGAGUGGCCCUCAAGGGCUGCACCAGGCCAGGUCCCCGGGAAGCCAGGUGCUUCCUGGCCAGAGCUUGGCCAAGGAUAAGGGCAGGGCAUGUGGGAUUAAAUACCCCGGACUCAUCAAGGUGGAGCAAGCCAGGCCUGGGGAGGUGGCCUUCAGGGUGGACGAUGUGGCCAUCCAGGACUUAGAGGGAGAUUAUGUGGCUCUCCUGGGCUUUUCCCAAGAGAGCAGAGGAGAGUCUCUGAGUGAGGAGGUAGACACGUCCCGUGGGUGUCCUGUCGGGGCACUGGAGGGUCUGCCUGGGACUAAAGAAAUCCCUUUCUCUCAAAGGGUGCUGCCUCUCCCGGGGGCCAGUGGGGGGCCUUCCCUGGGGAAAUGUGCUUGUGCAAAGCCAGCAAGCACGGAGGAGGAGCCUGGCAUUUUGGGCUUCAGGAGAAAGGUCAACCAUAAAGCCCCCUCCCACAGCUCAGAACAUCAACCCCCAGAGCCCUACCUCAACGCCCUUGAGAAUCCACUGCACUGUGCCGCUGGCCUCAGGACAGAUGUCUCAGAAGAGCCAGCUGCUUCCAAGACACAGGAGCCUCCGGGAAAUGCAGAGAAUGUGGUCCCGCCCAGGCCUGGACCAAAACAGACCUCCUCUCCCCGGCUGUGCCCAGCUUCUCCUCCUGUGGCUCCAGCCCUUGAAACCAAAGCGGGAGAGAGGACCAAACAGGGAAACUGGAGAUCUCCCAAGCCUGUGCCUGGUCCUGGUCGAAGCACCCCCUCUUCCAGAUCCCCCACUCUUGGCCUCAAGUUCUCAUUCUUGAAGGGGCAGAGGCAAGCCCCCGCACCCCCAGAGAAAGCCUCGCUCCAGCAUGACGGGCCCUGGAAGGUCCUGUGUUCACUCUACUCUCACAAGCCCAGCCAGGCCAAGUGCUUGGGGAAAGCUGGAACAACUCAGACCAAAACAUCUGGCCCAGCCGCUGACUCAGGCCCACUGACUGGGGAAAGGGCUGAUUUCCCAGAAGCUUCUGCAGGUCCUCCAGACAGAGGCCCCGCUCUGGAGGAGGAGCUGCCAGGGCCCGAACCCGGGAUUGGGACUCUGAGUCUGGAGAUCGUCCACUCCAGGAUAGCGUGCCUGCCAGGUGGUCGGGACAGGGUGGGGCGGCCCCUGCUUCUGCUGUCAGCCACCCAGGGGUCCUGGGAGGCUCCAUGGUGCAGGGCCUCAGAGGUCACCAAGCUGCUUUGCUACCUGUGCACUGUCCCCAGGCCAGAAGACAAAACCAAGGGACUGGCAGUCCUGAUUGAUGCCAGGAAGCAGCCGUUACAUCCUGGUCUGGUCAAGGCCCUGAAGGCCACCCAGGCUCUGGACCCAGCCUCCAUCCAUGCCAUUCUCUUCCUGGGGGAGAAGGAGGCUGCCCUUCCACUGGAGACAUUACCUGACAUCCAGGUAGAGGUGCUGACCUCCUUCAAGGCCCUCAGCCACCACGUGGACCCCAGCCAGCUGCCCACAGCCCUGGACGGCUCCUUCCCCUACUGCCACAGCGAGUGGGUGCAAUUCUUCCAGAAGUCGGAGCCUUUCCUUGCCGACCUCCGCCGGGCCUCCUGCCUGCUACAGGCGUCCAUCAAGGAGUUUGAGAAGGGUGAUCCCCCUGGAGGGGCACAGGAGGCCUCCAGGUGUCUGAACAAGUCCAAGGAGCUGAUGGAGGCCGUGCUGAGGGACCCAGGGCUGCUGGGCCUCCAGCGGGACGGUGGAGCCACCCUGGCCAGGCUGCGGCAGGAGGCCAGCAGGCUGGACUUCAACCCGGAUGUCAGGAGCCAUCUGGCUGAAGCCACUGCCCUCUACAGCCUCUUGGAUGAGCAGCUGCAUGUCCUGGUCACCGCAUCUAAUCACCUCCUGGGGAGGCUGGAGCUCCGAGUCCGCCUGGGCCGCCUGGAAGCUGCCAUCCACCAGGUCAGCAACUGGAUGGAGCAGGAAGGAAGCUGGAGCCUGCAAGCGUUGACCCCCAAGGACGGAAGCUUGGAGACAGUGGAGAAAGCCCACAUCGAAUUCGAGGACUUCUUCCUGCAGGCUGCGGCCCAGUACCGGCGAGGCCUGGAGCUGUCCAAGCAGGCGGCGCAGGUGGAAGCUGCCGCCGGAGGGGCCAGCGAGGCAGGCGGGACAGAGUUCCCAGAGCUGGCAGCCUUUGCCGCCACGCAGCGGACCUUCCAGGCCAAGCUGACCCACUUCUACAUGGCUGCCGAGCGGCAACGCACAGACCUGGAGACGCUGCUCCAGCUGCACCGCUUCUGCAAGAAGAUGACCUGGUUCCACAUGGACUGUCAGGACCUGAUGACGCAGCUCAAGCUGGGCAAGGCCCACAAGGCCAGCCCUGGGGACCAGCGCCGCCUCCACCGCUACCUGCAGCGACUGUCGUCCGAGUUCCCUGCAGAGAAGCUCGCGGCCAUGGGGCUGCAGGCGGCCUCCCUGAGCCGGGAAGGCCUGGGCCGCGGCCUGUGGGAGGAGGCCCGGGCGAGACACGGGGAGAUCCAGGCCCUCCUGAAGAAGGCCCUGGCCCACUGCCCCUGCCCACUGGGUCCCACGGCCCACUUGGCACACCUGGAUCUACGGGGGACAGCCGCCAAGGGCCAGGGUGUGAACGGAAAAGCCACUUCCAAGGGAAGGCAGGACCUGCCCUCCCAGGACUCCCUGGGCCUGGGUCAUUUGCCGAAGUCCCGUUGGCCUCCUUGGGCCCCCGGCGAGGGGCAGAACAGAACUCUCCAGGCAGGCCCUGUGCCCCAGGAUGCUGGCCAGGCUGGAGAGGCUGAUGAAGGCAAGGGCCCCCACGAGCCCCCGGAUCCUGGCCCUGAGCGUAUUCUCGCCCCGCCCUUCUCCUGGCAGCGGCUUCCCAGGCAGAGUCAGAUCCUGCACGCCACCGGCAGCAGCUCCUCCUCUGAGGGGACAGACUCACAGACGUCUCUGGAGGACUCACCCCAGACAAGCCCCCCUCCCUCCCUCUAGCUGGGAACCCCCACCGCUGCACCAGGCUCCAGGGGGUGCUGGGCUGGGGCAAAGGGACCGAGCCCAUCAGGACUGUCUCCUGAGCACUCCGUGGGCGGGGCUUGUGCUCAGGGCACAAGAACGGGCACCAAGAAACGCAGGGAAGACAUGACCCUCAGGCGGUCAGGACAGGGUGCAGGAAGUGUGGAGUUGGCUCCCUCCCCCCCAGUACAGACCCAUCCAGAGGUCUCAGCCUUCAGCAGGCCACACGCCCAGCUGGGGUUCAGGGGUACACAGCUUUCCCUUGGGACACAAGGGGCAUUACUGCCCUCAGACAGAACUAUGAGCAGGGGAUUCGGGAGGGGCUUCUGGCCAUAGGGCCCCAUUGAAACAGACCCCAAGACAAGGGUCCGAGUGCACGUGUAUUCGAUAGUAAUCCCAGGAACCACUGGGGGAGGAGCAGGGGGUGAUUCUGGGAAAGGAAUAAAGGGGGUGUUGUCAAGCAAAUAACUGCAUGCCAUUCCUGGUGCCAUUGGCCUUGGGCAAAGAGAACCAGUCCCCUGCUGGAGACCAGUUAGUGUCCUGGGAAGGGCAGGGGCUGGAGGGGGAGUGGGAGGAGAAGGGAGCGUCUCCGUGUCUCUACUCUCCCUUCGGCAACCCCACCCAUCGUGGGCCACGCACCCCUCUCAGAUUCACGGAUCCCCACAGUCUGGUCCUCGCACUCCAGAGAGAGCCCUCAAUCCCCAAUGUUCUCUGUCUUCUCCCCUCCCACCAGGUCUCCUCAGCCUCUACUC